AUGGCUCUCUUCCCAAGACUCAGCAGCUCCUUCGGACCGUCCCGACAAGAACUCGGUCCAUUCUUCAACCUGUUCAACGACACGUUCUCGGAGCUCCAGAAGCUAUCCGAGUCGGCGUCGCGCACGUUCGCCCCCAAAUUCGACGUCAAGGAGGCUCAGGACAAGUACAUCCUCGAGGGUGAACUGCCCGGCAUCGACCAGAAGAACGUGACGAUCCAAUUCGAGGACGACCAGACCUUGACCAUCAAGGGCCGGACCGAACACCAGCGCGAGGAAGGCCAGCGUCCCGACCAGACCGCCCAGAACGGCGAGUCCACCAGCAAAGAGGUGGCCACCACGGGAUCGAAGGAGGUCGCCAAAUCCCAGCCCCAGCACACUUACUGGGUUUCGGAGCGCCAGGUCGGCGAGUUCGCCAGAAGCUUCGCCUUCCCCAACCCGGUUGACCAGGACCAUGUCAAGGCUAGCCUGAAGAACGGCAUCCUGAGCGUCGUCGUCCCCAAGCUCGAGAAGUCCAAGGGCAACAAGCAGAUCCAGAUCACCGCCGAGUAA